CUGAGAGUAGGUAGGACCUAUCCCUCAAUCUUAACUUCUUCCCUUAUUUACUUAGUGUUUGAGAACUGUUGAUUUUUUAAGUUCUUUUCUCUUUUGAAAUGAAAAAUAAGGGUUACAGAUGGCUAAGUCUCAGCAUAGCAUGGAGGCCAGUACAAAGAACACUCAUUACCCCAAACGUGACCCUGUUGGCUUUGAGGAUAAUCAUGUUCAGACUGCACAAGUACUGCCAAUGAAUGAAGUGCCAGAGAAUGAAGCUCUGAUUCCCAGGAACUCCACAGAUAGGAUUUUUUUUAUUGAUUUAGCCGAUAGGCAACUGAAAACCAUCUCGCCAGAGGUCUUCAGUCUAGAGCAUCUGGAAGAGCUGCACAUGGAGAGGAACCUGAUAGUAAACAUCCCCAAAGAAAUAAAUCUCCUGAGGAACAUGAAGGUUCUCUACUUGGAUCACAAUCGCAUACAGAACAUUUGUGAAGAGCUGGGGAAGAUGAAAAGUAUUCUGAGCUUAGAUUUAAGUUACAACCCCCUCUCUUACAGUUCGCUGCUGGUUAUCAGCAACUUGCAGUCCCUUCGUCAGCUCAGGCUCUACCAAAUAAAAUUGGAUGAAAUCCCAGUGCAGAUCUGCAAACACCUCUAUCAUAUCGAACUUCUUGGCCUUUCUGACAAUAAUCUACAGUGCCUGCCAAAAGAGACAGUGAACCUCAAAAACCUCAAGGAAAUUUUCCUCAAAAACAAUAGAUUUGAAAAUUUUCCCACUGUGCUCUGUAAAAUUGUUACUUUAGAAAUAAUAGAUCUGGAACAAAAUCUAAUCAGUCACAUCCCAGAAGAGAUAGGCUCUUUGACAAACUUAGUUAAGCUAUUUUUAGCUUUUAAUAACUUAUCCUCCAUUCCUCCUACGCUGCGACACUGCCAGAAGCUGGCUGUGCUGGAUCUGUCUCAUAAUCCCCUGCACAAGCUCCCCCCAGAUUUAAAGAAUUUCACUAAAAAGAGAGAACUCAGCCUGGCUGGUAACAGCCCGGAGGAGCUCCCGGCUCAGACAGGCGCCUGGACAUCACUUACCCACGUUUAUCUGAGGAACACCGGACUGCGCACAGUACACAGGUCCUUCACCAAGCUAACCAGUGUCAGGGUACUAGAUCUGAGUGAAAAUUGCUUUGAUGAAAUUCCUAAAGGAAUAUGCUCCAUGAAAAACCUGGAAGUAUUGAACCUGGAUGACAAUCAAAUACAGGAGAUACCGGCAGAAAUACAAGAACUGACGAAUUUAAAAUGCCUCAGUCUGUCCAAAAAUCAAUUCAAUAUCUUUCCAGUGGAAGUCUUUCUCGUGGAGUCAUUAGAGAAAUUAUAUCUGGGACAAAAUAAAGGAAUUAAACUGAAAAGUCUGCCAGGAGAUAUCACCAAACUGCAGAAUCUGAAAGAACUGCAUAUAGACAAUAAUCGUCUGGAGUACCUGCCCCCAGCUGUUGGCUCAUUGACCCACUUGAAAAUACUUGACUGUCACAACAACCUCCUUAAGGAGCUCCCAGAGUCUCUAAGCCAAAUCCAAGGUUUGCAGAAACUGCUCGUUCAGAACAAUCAGCUGUCCAAGCUGCCUGGGAAUUUGGACAACCUGAAACAGCUGCAGGUGAUCCUUGUGGAUGGGAACCCUAUGACAGACCCUCCCACUGAAGUGUGCAGUCAGGGGACAUCUGCUAUCUUGCAGUACUUACAACAAAAAAGAUUUAAAAAAGCCAAGGCUUCAAAGAUCCGAAAUAUGUGGCGUGGGCUGAUUACUAAGAAGGGGAUCGGACCUUUGUUGGCAAUGAAGGAUAUGGACAACAAAAAAAAGGAAAAGAAAGGAAAAGAAAAGGGAAAACAGAAGAAGCCUGGAAAAGAAGCAAAAGCCAAAAAGUGAUUUUUGUGCAGUGAACAGAACAGAACUCUUGUCAGCUGCAAGAAGAGUCGGUGUGAGCAGAGAUAAGUGAGUACAAAACAAACAGUAUUAAAGCAUUCGGAUCAGUGAAUAUUCUAAUGAAAACAGGUGGGUUUUUUUAGGGUUGUUUCUGUGCUUUCAGCUACCACCGCUGAAUAAGGCAGAUUCUGAAAUAGACUGAGAUUUCUC